AUGGUGCUACAAGGAUGCUCACAAUCAAUAUCCACCGGUUCAAUACCAAUGAAGACAACGUCAACAUACGUAUCGGAAAUGGUUUCGUCUCUCAACACCUAUGAACAAACAAAUGUACACAUUAUUUUACAUUUGACUCAUUUUAAUCCUCCUUCAGUUUACAUGAUGGAGAUACAAACUGCUGCAUCAGUUGUGGAAUCUGAUGUGACGAUACAAACAACAAAAGAUGAGUACAAAGAAUGUACCAUAUGCAUGGACAUAAUUUCAGAGGGUCAAAAUAUGAAUUCAUUGCAAUGUGGUCACAUAUAUCAUCAUGAAUGCAUCACUAAUUGGGUCAAAAUCAACGAUAGCUGUCCUUUAUGUAGAGAGACAAUCUUUUAA